GCAUAUGCUUGCAGGUCGCAUAUGGCAUAUGCUUGCAGAUCGCAUAUGGCAUAUGCUUGCAGAUCGCAUAUGCUUGCAGACGGCACAUGCUUGCAGAUCGAAUAUGGCAUAUGCUUGCAGAUCACAUAUGGCAUAUGCUUGCAGAUCGCAUAUGGCAUAUGCUUGCAGAUCGCAUAUGGCAUAUGCUUGCAGAUCACAUAUGCUUGCAGAUCGCAUAUGGCAUAUGCUUGCAGAUCGCAUAUGGCAUAUGCUUGCAGAUCGCAUAUGCUUGCAGAUUGCAUAUCGUAUAUGCUUGCAUAUCGCAUAGGCUUGCAUAUCGCAUGUGCUUGCACAUCGAAUGUGGCAUAUUCUUGCAGAUCGCAUCUGGCAUAUGCUUGCAGAUUGCAUAUGCUUGCAGAUCGCAUAUGCUUGCAGAUCGCAUAUGCUUGCACAUCGAAUGUGGCAUAUGCUUGCAGAUCGCAUCUGGCAUAUGCUUGCAGAUCGCAUAUGCGCUUGCAUAUCUCAUAUGCUUGCACAUCGAAUGUGACAUAUGCUUGCAGAUCGCAUCUGGCAUAUGCUUGCAGAUUGCAUAUGCUUGCAGAUCGCAUAUGCUUGCAGAUCGCAUAUGCUUGCACAUGGAAUGUAGCAUAUGCUUGCAGAUCGCACCUGGCAUAUGCUUGCAGAUCG